AUGCCGAACCCCAUGAACAUCGACAUGAGCCGUCGCAACAAGAGCCCUAGGGCCCUUACUGACAACGAGCGCGCUCGGUUGGAGGAAUACAUUGAUAGCAUUCACUACUCGGCCCGCUACUCCGACAGCGAGUAUGAAUACAGACAUGUGCAGCUACCCAAGGCAAUGCUCAAGGCUAUUCCCAAGGAUUACCACGAUGCUGCACAUGGUACGCUGAAGUUGCUCUGGGAGGAUGAGUGGCGCGGCAUCGGUAUCACGCAGAGUCUGGGCUGGGAGCAUUACGAAGUCCAUGAACCUGAGCCACAUAUUCUCCUGUUCAAGUAA